AUGCGACUUAUCAAUACCACGACCCUCGAGGUCGAGGAAUUCUUUGACGUUUCCAUUCCCGAAUAUGCUAUCUUAUCGCAUACCUGGGGUGAUGGCGAAGUCUCACUGCAAGACUGGGCCGAUCGCAAAAACCGUCGCUUCAAGCCAGGGUUCCAGAAAAUCGUCUGGUCUUGUACCCAAGCUGCCAAAGACCAACUGACCCACGUCUGGGUGGACACCAACUGCAUCGAUAAGAGCAGCUCUGCGGAAUUAUCUGAGGCAAUUAACUCCAUGUUUAGAUGGUAUCGACGAUCUGCUGUCUGCUAUGUAUACUUGGAGGACGUCCCUCCCAUGACGCUGGAGGAAUGCACCGAGCCAGACAGUGCGUUUAGAAACGCAAGGUGGUUCACAAGAGGCUGGACUCUCCAGGAGCUGAUUGCACCACCGAAUUUACAGUUCUUCUCCAGCACCUGGACCAUGAUAGCGACGAGCGCCGAGCUGGCGCCGUCUAUCACCGAGAUUACAGGAAUCCCCUGGUCACGCCUUCUCAAGGGCCGGCUCUCCAAAUCACAUCCACUACGAAGAUACAGUAUUGCACAGAGGAUGUCCUGGGCGUCAAGGCGCUCGACGACCCGUAUAGAGGAUCAGGCUUAUUCUCUCCUCGGACUGUUUGACAUUUCCAUGCCCCUGGUAUACGGUGAAGGCUACGGGGCCUUUACCAGGCUCCUGGGUGAAAUCAUCCACAAGUAUGCUGAUGAGAGCUUUUUCGCUUCUCAAUUGCAAUAUGUCGAUUUUCUCCCUCGCUCGCCUAUGGAGUUCCGCGAGUCCCAGUCGGUCAUUAUCAGCAGUUCGCCACAGCUUCAGAGGCAUUAUCAACCAGCAGAUCACUCGUACUCAUUCCACUUGACUAACACUGGACUACAAAUCAGCCUGCCUAUUGUGCCUACUGUGGUGCCUCAUUUUGUAUUUGGCGUCCUCAAUUGCUGGGAUGUAGAGACUGCUAGUACGACAACAACACGCAACAUAUCACGAGUAUGGGUUCCGCUGAUUCGGAAAGGCAAUGAAGCGGCGCAAAGAUACUUGCGAUUGAUAUGGCCUCAAACAUUCUUCCCUGUAAAGCUUCCUCAGAAACAGAAUAUCAUGUCUGACACUGAGAAGAAGCUGUUCUUCAAAGGAGAAGAGCACCCAGCAUCUGAUCCAGACAAAACUUCUGAUCAUGUGGAUACAGUAUCGAUAACUAUGCAAUCAAGCAUUCUGGUGAAGAAGCCAUAUGCGAGCAUUCUGUCAAUCCCUUUGUGGCAGCCACGUGAGGCAGGGAGUCCAUUUCUACUCUGCUUCCCCCGAGGAACCUCAGACUAUCGCUUAUACGGCAUCUUCCCGAGUCAUCGCGAGUCGGACCUCGACUGGGCAUCAGGGACGCCCCCUUUGCUACCUCUCAUAAUGCCCCGCCGGAUGGGCCAAAUUAGCCCCUCUAUGAACGCGACCGGGACGUCUGUACAAGGCCAAACAGAGGUUUACGCUGCAGUAAUCGUGUUCAAGAAGAGACGCUCAAAGCCUGCGGAAUAUGUCGCUAUUUGUUUGACAAAUGAACGAAAACAGGAUGAUAUUCGAGCCAAGGUGUAA